CUUCCCGCCCGUGUUGAAUUUGCGCAGUACGUCCCCUGCGCCGCCCUCUUGCUUGCUAUCCAGCGACGAUAGUGUCUGGAUCGUUCCUGGUACGGCCUGAGGUCUUUCCACGUUUCUAGGUUUCCAGCCGUCCAUUCCCGAACUGCUUAUGGCACCACCUGCGAAGAAGGGCGCAGCGUCGGCGGACGCUAAGCCAGCCAAAAAGACGCGAUCGGGAGGCGGCAAGAAGAAACUUAGCGAGUUCAACAAAUUCAUGAAGCAGGAAUUGUCUCGUCUCAAGGAGGCUGAGCCUGAUAUUACGCACCAGGAGCGGUUCAAACUGGCGACAGCGAACUGGAAGAACGCCAAGCCCAAAAAGGACACUUAGGCGAGCCCACAACGUGCAAUGGUGUCAACCAGACGAACCCUUGCCUCCAGACGAGCCGUAUGGGCCGCCUCGUCUUCUCUGUCAGUGUCAUCCGUAAAUUCGUUUCUUGUCGAUCUGUGGGAUCAUGGUUUCCUCUACGUGCUCUAGUGUCCGUUCCCCCUGCUACCUCCGCUUGCUAUUCAUCUCGCACCAUCUGAUACCACAUUUACUGCUACAUGUACUCUUGUAAUGCGCUCGUUCGCUAUGUUCAUUCGUCCUUCGUCUUCUACAUGUCACGGAUUGUCUGUAGCUAAUGUACGCGUUCUGUCCUGAUCC